CGUUUUAUACCAAGAGUGUAUAGAAAAACAAUGAAAGCUGCCUUUGAAGAAUCAAAUCUCUUUUGGAACAAAAAAGAUGCUGGAGUCAAAGAAGAAAUUGAUACUCAGCCGAAUUCAUACCUUGAAACCAGUUUGUUCUUGUCAACGGAAUUAGAAAAUAUGGGUUAUAAUGACGUGAACAGAAAAAUGAAACAACAGAUAAUGAUAACACUAGAUGACUGCGUUCACAUGGCUGAGAGAGCUCGGCCCCAUGGGAACCCGAGGUUCAAUUUAGCAGUUGGAAGCCAGAAAGAAUGCACUGCCCUAAAAGACUCGGACUAUGACUAUCUUUUUGGCCCAUCCGCUGAACACGUUGCUGCCAUCAGCACUUCAAAAGAUAAAAAAGACGGUCGUGGUAAUAUACUCAUAGUAAAAAACAAGAUGUCACCUCCAGGCCAUUUAUGGAUUAAAUACCUUGCUCCAACACAUCCGGUAACUGUUAAAAAAUCUACCAUGCUUAAUCUGGAAAUCCGGUACAGAGUCGAAAUUCAGUGUAAACUAUACAGCCUAUGUUACGACGGUUUAAAAGAAGUCCCAGAUGUGGACAGGCAUUUACUAUGUACAUGGCCUGGUACUCUCUUUAUAGACGACAUGGAUUUGAAGUUCUAUAUACCAAACAGUCUUUUUACAUUGAUAGGAAAACAGAUGUGGGCGGGUAAAGCAUCCAGAACGGGGCCUUCUUUCUCUUGCGAUACUGUCGACGUUGUCCGUCCAAUUUUUUUCGACAGUGUCUACCCUAGGGAUCAGAACCCUAUAACUAUUGGAGGUAAUCUCUACGGCAAUCUACAUGUACCAAAGGAGUACCCUUGCAACUUAGUCCCAGUCGGUCACCCUGAAAGCGAAAAUGCAAUGUUGGAAUGGCGGAUAUCGUACAACCUGACAGAAAGAGAAAUAAUGUUUGGAUUUAAUAUAACACACAUUCAAACAUACGUUGUUCUAAAGAUGUUACAGAGAAUGUAUUUUAAACGUAUUCUCGGGAACAGUUUAACCAGUUUCCAUUGUAAGACCGCUUUGUUUCAUGCGGUAGCUUCAACUGAGACGGUUUUUUGGGUUAAGAGAAAUUUGAUUAGAUGUGUUCGACAAUGUCUGAAGAUGAUUCGAAUUUUCGCCAAGAAAAGAUUUUGUCCACAUUUUUUUAACAAAACAUUUAACAUAUUCAGUGGAAAACUUUCUCGCUCUGGCAAACAUUGGGAUAUCUUGAUUGAACGUGCUGAUUAUUUGAUAGAACACAUAAACACAUAUGUUAAAGGCCUCAAAGAAGAAAAGAAAAACACUUUUCAAAUUCAAAGCUUGCCAAGCGAAACUCAAACGUUUGUUUUGAAUUGUACAAUGCUUGUUGAACAAGUAAACAAAUAUAUUGUGUUUUAUUUCUUGUAUCAACCUCAGGGAGGUCAUGCUAUAAACGUAAAGCUAUAUGACAUUCGGGAAAUGCGUGAUAGGUACAAACAUAUGCGAAGGAAAGCACAAUACCAGAUGAAAUUCGCUACGUCUUGUCAACAAAAGAAGUGCGCCGAGGUCGUGCUUUCAUUUUUGAAAGUAAGACACUAUUUGCUUUCAGCGGCGUACUUGUUACAAAAAGGUAAAAAAUUGAACCCUCUUGUACCUGAGAAUAUAUUACCUGACGCCCUAUCCAUGGAAUUACAAAUGUCCUCUCUUCUGUUUGCAAGUAGGAACUAUGAGCAAUGUCGACUGUUCCUGGGCCGUGUUUCCUUGAAGACUAUCAAAGAUCCAAUUUUCUUUGUUCUGUGUCAUGACAAAUAUCGCAAGUGA